AUGUUCCGAAUCAGGUCUCGAACACCCGAGAUAACGAAUCGUCAGCAACCUGUCAUCCCGUCAAAAAUCAUCACCAGCUGUCAUCCCGUCAAAAAUCAUCACCAGCUGUCAACCCAUCAAAAAUCAUCACCAGCUGUCAACCCAUCAAAAAUCAUCACCAGCUGUCAACCCUUCAAAAAUCAUCACCAGCUGUCAACCCUUCAAAAAUCAUCACCAGCUGUCAACCCAUCAAAAAUCAUCACCAGCUGUCAACCCAUCAAAAAUCAUCACCAGCUGUCAACCCUCAAAAAUCAUCACCAGCUGUCAACCUUCAAAAAUCAUCACCAGCUGUCAACCCGUCAAAAAUCAUCACCAGCUGUCAACCCAUCAAAAAUCAUCACCAGCUGUCAACCCUCAAAAAUCAUCACCAGCUGUCAACCCAUCAAAAAUCAUCACCAGCUGUCAACCCUUCAAAAAUCAUCACCAGCUGUCAACCCAUCAAAAAUCAUCACCAGCUGUCAACCCUUCAAAAAUCAUCACCAGCUGUCAACCCUUCAAAAAUCAUCACCAGCUGUCAACCCGUCAAAAAUCAUCACCAAGCUAUCAAGAAUAUAG